AAAGAAUAUUAUGCGUAACAAAAGUUAAACUCAACCAAUCAUUAAUAAUUUAUUUUUUUCAAAACAUAUUUGUGGUUUCGGUAUUGUUUUUUAAAGUGGUAAGGUCGGUAAGUACAUUCUACCCUCUUCAUACUCCCACUCGCGGAAUGAUGAUAAGUGCUCCUUGACAAGAUUUUUCCACAGGCUGAAGGUAGGGGUAAGAUUUGUACUCCACUUGUGUGAUUACACUAGGUAUGUUGUAAAAUAUUAAAUGGUCAGAUAACAAAUCCUGCAAAGCAAACUAAUUUUGAUCAAAACAUUAAUUUUAUUCAGGAAAAAAUGACUAAUAGCAAUUAUGGAAGUGUUGAUAAGAGGGGCUGUGGAUACAGCAAAGAUGAUUUUUUGCCAGAAGAAUCGUUCACCAACUGGGGAAGUUAUGUUCAGGCAUUACGUGAUACAAAAACAAGGCUUAAAGACCGUGUAUUGUCUCGUUCCUCGGACCAAUUAGAGCUCCAUGGAAUACGCGAUCGCAGCCAGCAUCAGAUGAAGAAGUCACUGAACUGGUUUGAUUUGGUUUGGUUUGGUAUUGGUGCAGUAAUGGGUGCUGGAAUUUUUGUCCCGACUGGUGAAGCUACCAAAAACUUAGCAGGACCUGCUGUUUUAUUGUCCUAUGUUAUAUCAGGCACCGCUGCUUUGCUUUCAGUGUUGUGCUAUAGUGAAUUCUCAGUUGAAAUCCCUGUUGCUGGUGGAUCGUUUGCAUAUCUGAGAGUGGAACUCGGCGAUUUUGUAGCCUUCAUCGCUGCAGGGAACAUUCUGUUUGAGUACGUUGUGAGUGGUGCUGGUGUGGCACGAUCUUGGACUUCCUAUUUCGCGACUCUGUGCAAUCACAAGCCUGAUGAUUUCCGAAUCAAUGUGUCAAGUCUUGCUGAGGGUUACAACCACUUAGAUCCCAUAGCAGUUGUUAUCUUACUGGUCAUUUGUGCUGGUGCAUCCUUGAGCACGAAAGGGUCUUCGCAAUUCAACUCCAUUAUGACCAUAAUACAUCUUGUUGUCAUGGUUUUUAUACUUGUUGUUGGCCUAACUCAGGCGAAUUUGGCUAACUAUUCAAACUUUGCACCUUAUGGCGCUCGUGGUGUCCUGAAAGCAGCAGCUAUGCUCUUCUUUGCUUAUGUUGGAUUUGAUGGCAUCGCAACUCUUGGGGAAGAGGUCAAGAAUCCAGGUAGGGAUAUUCCUAUAGGACUAAUUGGUUCUAUGGUGGUGACUAUCACAAUAUAUUGCCUCCUAGCCGGGACAAUAUGCCUUAUGCAACCUUUUAAUCAAGUGGAUGUUAAUGCCCCUUUUACCAUUGCCUUCCAAGCUGCAGGGAUGAAUUGGGCAAAGUACAUAGUUGCAAUUGGGGCAUUGAAAGAGAUGACAACAGUUCUGCUGGCCAGUAUUAUUAGUCAAGCUGGGUACUUCACUCACAUUGCAAGAACUCAUAUGGCCCCUCCAUUUCUUGCAGCAGUCAAUGAAAAGACAGGUACUCCUGUCACUGCUACAGUUGUUAUGGUCGUUGCGAAUUGCACGAUGGCCUUCUUCACAAGUCUUGACAUAUUGGCGAACCUCGUUUCAAUUGCCACGCUGUUCGUCUUCUCACUGGUUCCCCUAGCACUUCUGGUGAGACGUUACUACGUGUCAGGGGAAACACCGGACAGGGAUAGGGACAAACUCAUCCUGUUCUUGGUUUUAAUCACAUUGUCCUCUAUUGGAUCAGGUGUUUUCUGGGAAAUCAGUGAGAACACUUGGAUCGGGUGCAUAAUUAACGCUGGAGUUUGGUUUUUAGCCACAUUGGGGCUAAAUUUAACACUGAAGGAAGCGCGAAAGCCUAAGGUCUGGGGAUUACCAUUGAUGCCAUGGCUUCCAUCGGCUAGUAUAGCUAUUAAUGUGUUCAUCAUGUGCUCGAUUGAUGGUGCAUGAUUGAUGGUGCAUCAUUCGUGAGAUUUUCAGUUUGGACUGCGGUUUUGCUUGUGUACUACUUGCUUAUAGGAUUGCAUGCUACCUACGAUGCAGCCAAGGAUGUUGAGAACAAAGGUACAAAUACUACUGAUAUUGAUGUCAUUGCAGCUAGGACAAAUGCAUUUUAGUAGCUUAUAACUAGGCAGGCAGAUAGGAGUAGAGACAGUAGUAGUUGAUUUUGCAAGUAUAUGUGACUCUUUGCCUAAAAUGUCAAUUAACUAAGUUUCCUAACCUUUUAGUUUAUUGUUAACUUUAUCAGGCUAGGACGAGGAUU